GUUGAGGUCCUCAGUUGUUGCUGUGACCGACUGUAAUAACUCCUACUGUGGUGGCCGAGGACUAGACUGAAGACAUGCGGGUUGCAGUGAUUGGAGCUGGAGUCAUCGGCCUGUCAACUGCUCAGAGCAUCUACGAGCAGUAUCACUCCAUCGUCAGUCCACUGACCAUUGAGGUGUAUGCGGACUGUUUCACUCCACUGACCACUAGUGAUGGAGCUGCUGGCUUCUGGCAGCCGUAUCUCUACGAUAAGGGCAACGUCCAGGAGACAAAAUGGAAUAAAGAGACAUUUGACUACUUGCUGAGCUGCCUCAGUACACCAGAGUCCAUAAAAAUGGGUGUAUUCCUUCAGUCUGGCUACAACCUGUGCACUGAACCAGUCCCAGAUCCCUCAUUUAAAGAUAUUGUCCUGGGCUUCAGACAGCUAACAGAACGGGAGCUGCAGCUGUUCCCUGGAUACAAUUACGGGUGGUUCAACACUGCUCUCAUGGUGGAAGGUAAAGCAUACUUACCUUGGCUGAUGGAUUGGUUGCAAAAAAGGGGUGUGAAAUUCUAUCACAGGAAAAUAGAGUCCUUCAAGGAGCUGGCAGAAACUGGGGCAGACUUGACCAUAAACUGCACUGGUAUGAGAUCAGGAGAGCUCCAGCCGGACCCUGAGCUCAAACCAGGCCGGGGGCAGAUAAUAAAGGUGGAUGCUCCGUGGUUAAAGCAUUGGAUUAUUACCCACAAUUCUAAAAAAGGGGUCUACAAUUCACCAUAUAUCAUUCCAGGGAGUCGCCUCGUGACGGUCGGUGGGAUUUUCCAGUUAGGAAACUGGAGUGAACGGAACAACUCCACGGACCAUAAAAACAUCUUGGAAGGCGCUUUCCAGCUCGAGCCUAGUCUCAAGCAUGCCAGGAUUGUAGAGGACUGGGCCGGCCUCAGGCCUGUUCGCAGCAAAGUCCGACUGGAAAGGGAGACCAUACAGUUUGGUGCAACUACAGUAGAGGUGAUACACAACUACGGCCAUGGAGGUUUCGGACUCACCAUUCACCGAGGCUGCGCCCAGGAGGCAGCAAGGCUCUUCGGUGAGAUCGUUGAACAAAAAGGCAAAGGUCCAAAAGCUCGCUUGUAAAUUUGUAGUGAUUGGUGCACUUAAUUUUUUACAUGUCAAUGUCAGUGCCUUGUAUUCAAUACUGCACAAACUGCUCUUGUUUGUAUCUAGCAUUCAGAGCAAACAUAUAUUCAGAAUAAAUACUUUUUGGUAGAUAACGUGACUUUAAAACAAUGCAAUGUUUGUAUCUUGUAUGUCACUUUAAAGAGGAGACACUACUCACAUCCAUUAUUAAUGAACAGAUGGCUUAUUCAUAGGUAACAAAAUCAUACUUAAAUGUGUAGGAGGUUUUGGUAAUUUAGUGUUCAAAUCUUUGAAAAUGUUCUCAGUAAAUGUAGAAAAAGGCGACAAACUUCCUGAUAAUGAUUAUGACUGAUAUAAUCACACUGUUUAGUAAUAAAUAACAACAUGAAUCCACUGCUCCUUUUGAAAGACUAUUUACGAUAAUAUCAUACACAUUUACAUCUAGUGCAUUGACAGUAAUCUGUGCAUACAGACACUUAAUGCAGCACUAUAUAUCAAACACUGGCAGGUGAAGAGCCGGACCUGAACUGUUGAAUCUCUUUUUUUUUUUUUUUUUUUUAAACAAAACUUUGCUCAGUGUGUCACUAAGGCUGGGCAAAGUCGUUCUCCACAUCACCUUUGUUACAAACAAAAGCAAAGACAACAACUAAACCAGGUAUUGAUACAUUAUUUACAGAAAGACAGAAUGUAACAUCCUGCUGAGGGGUUGUGUAUAUGCACGUGUAGGUCUAUGUGUGCAGGGAUCGUAACACCAUAUGUUAAUGUCAUUUUAUUAAAAUCAUGUAACACUUACUAACUAGGUUGAGUCUACUUUGAGUUCCCUAAUACGUCAAGUUAACGUAUAUAAUGUUGUCUCCAAAUGCAGCCCACCAUCUGUGGACUUGUUCCAGUUGUACUAUAAUUAUGAAAUAUCGUCGCCUAUUUGAUUAUUAUGCCCUGAUGAAUGAUUCGGCAGGUUUGUCAGGUUGUUGUGAAUAAAACUGCUGCAUAAUGA